CGCAGGUUACAAAAGACGACCAGGUUAGAACCUUUGUGCUGGUUCAACAUUUGAAUCUAUAGUCGAAGGGCGUUCUUACUUGUAUUGAGAGCAAUGGCCUGGCAGAUUUGUUUGAUCAUCCUUCUGGCUGCUCGUUCUUCAUUGGGCCUCACCAGUUCAACUUCUGAACGUAUAACUAGUGCAAUUGAAAGUUUGCAGAAAGACUUUAAUGCCACUCGGUCUGAUGUUGCUGAGGGCGGGCCUGUUUUCACAAAAAUGCUGGAUAGUGGUCUAUGGUCACAGCCCAAUGAAAAAAAAAUAUUAAUAGCCCAGAUUAUUUCUAAAUACGUGCAAAUGCUGAACAAUAUAACUAAAACGCCAGCUCCACAAUAUAUCAAGGAAUUGAGAGAAGCUCUGGAAGACUACAAAAAGAACUACAAUGAAAGCUUGAUGAAAGCAAAUGAUCUAAUUCACUUGGCCCAGCUUCCGAUGGACAAUUUGAGAACCCAGCGCAAGGCUGUCCUGGAAAUGACCCGUGUCCUACAGGAGGUGAAAAAAGAAGAGAGCAGAAGGAGACGGAGAAGCCAAAGACAAAAUCCCAGGGGCCUGAAAAGACGGAUGCCAAACAUGGGAUAACACUGCUUUUCUCCUGAGAGCACCUUUUAGUAUACAAAUGUAUUUAUUAAUAUUUAUCGGUUUAAAAUAAUUAUUUAUAAGAAUCAGUCUGGAAGAAUGAUUUAAAGUAUUUAAAUUAACUGGUUUAAAGUAUUUAUAAUUCAUGGUGUUUUCUUAAAUAAUAAUAUUAUUGAAUUCCUAUUUAUCUUCUGAUAUGUUUAACUGAAUCAGUUAGAUCCUGUCCAGAUUUUAUCUGGUAAUUUUCUAUGGAAUACAAAUACACUUUUAAUUAAACCAAAUAUUCU